CCAGCCAUGCUUGCAGCUUUGUGAGUCUGUCUCACAGAGAAACAGCAGAUGGAUUUAGCGUAUGAUCUGUGGCUUGAAGGAAACCAGAGUUGCUGCUACUCUGCUCUACAAGCCACAUCACCAGGGCAACAUGGCAUUUACAGGCAAAUACGAGUUUGAAGGCGAUGAGAACUAUGAUGACUUUGUGACUAAGAUUGGUCUCCCCAGUGACAAGAUUGAAAUGGGAAGGAAUUGCAAAAUAGUCACUGAGGUGGUGCAAAAUGGAAAUGACUUCACCUGGACACAGCAUUUCCCAGGAGGUCGCAGCACAACCAACCUAUUCACAGUUGGCAAGGAAGCAGACAUGGAGACAAUGGGUGGUAGAAAGUUCAAGGCAACUGUAAAAAUGGAAGAUGGGAAAUUAGUAGCUGAUUUUCCCAACUAUCACCAUACUUCAGAGAUUUCUGGAGGAAAGCUUGUGGAGAUUUCUACUGCUUCUGGUAUAGUCUACAAAAGGGUCAGCAAAAAGAUUGCUUAAGGCAGUGAAGCCAGUCUCUUCCAGUGCACUGGAAAACAUUCAGCAAUGCAAAUAAAUAUGGAUU